GUCAUCUGCAGCCAACUUCAUGUUCGCUUAAAGUGACUUGUGAAAAUUGUUUGUCAGUUCAGUCAGUUUGAUCAUUAAUUAAUUUUGGAAAAGUCUUAGGAUAGUAAAUAUGGGUCAAAACCAAUCCGCCCAAGGUGGCUCAGGAGAUAAGAAGGAUGACAAGGAUAAGAAAAAGAAAUACGAACCCCCAAUACCUACACGAGUAGGAAAGAAAAAGAGACGAGCGAAGGGCCCUGAUGCCGCAAUGAAAUUACCAUUAGUAACUCCACAUACCCGAUGCCGUCUUAAACUUUUGAAGCUAGAGCGAAUUAAGGAUUACCUAAUGAUGGAAGAUGAAUUCAUACGCAAUCAAGAACGACUGAAGCCACAAGAUGAAAAGAACGAAGAAGAACGUUCGAAGGUCGAUGAUCUUCGUGGUACACCCAUGUCAGUUGGAAACCUUGAGGAGAUUAUCGACGAUAAUCAUGCUAUCGUUUCGACGUCAGUGGGUUCAGAACAUUACGUUAGUAUCUUGUCAUUUGUGGACAAAGAUCAGUUGGAACCAGGAUGCUCAGUGUUGUUAAACCAUAAAGUUCAUGCAGUAGUCGGUGUUCUUAGUGAUGACACUGAUCCAAUGGUAACAGUUAUGAAACUUGAAAAGGCGCCCCAAGAAACGUAUGCCGACAUUGGCGGUUUAGAUACACAAAUACAGGAAAUAAAGGAGUCUGUCGAAUUGCCAUUAACUCAUCCAGAAUAUUAUGAGGAAAUGGGUAUUAAGCCACCCAAAGGUGUUAUCUUAUAUGGUCCCCCAGGGACUGGCAAAACAUUGCUUGCCAAAGCAGUAGCCAAUCAGACCUCUGCGACUUUUUUGCGAGUUGUGGGUUCUGAGUUGAUCCAAAAAUAUCUGGGAGAUGGUCCCAAAUUGGUACGUGAGCUUUUCCGAGUUGCUGAAGAGCAUGCACCUUCUAUAGUUUUCAUAGACGAAAUUGAUGCUGUUGGUACAAAACGAUAUGAUUCAAACUCUGGUGGUGAAAGAGAAAUUCAGCGUACUAUGUUGGAAUUGCUCAAUCAGCUGGAUGGGUUUGAUUCAAGGGGCGACGUUAAGGUUAUUAUGGCAACAAACCGUAUUGAGACGUUAGACCCUGCUCUCAUACGUCCUGGUCGUAUUGAUCGUAAAAUUGAGUUCCCACUUCCUGAUGAAAAAACGAAGCGUCGAAUAUUUACGAUUCACACAUCUCGUAUGACUUUGGCAGAAGAUGUUAAUCUGAAUGAGCUAAUUAUGGCUAAGGAUGAUCUAUCCGGAGCGGAUAUUAAAGCCAUAUGCACAGAAGCGGGUUUAAUGGCACUACGUGAACGACGUAUGAAGGUUACUAAUGAGGACUUCAAAAAAUCCAAGGAGAGUGUUUUAUAUCGAAAGAAAGAAGGAACAGUCGAAGGAUUGUAUUUAUAAAACCAUGUACUUCUUAAUAAUAAAACAUAAAAUAUCUAAUCUAAACAUUGUGAACAUAAUAAAUUAGUCGUUAAGGGAA